GCCAGGGACGCGCUCCUCGCUGUCGACCGGAAGAUGGCGGCCUCCGCGGUGCUAGCUCCCGUGUUCCGCGCGGCUCGCCGGGCCUUGGUGGCUGCGGGGCCGUGGGGGGCGCAGGUUCGAGGAGUCUCAGGUGUGACUGAUGGGAAUGAAGUGGCAAAGGCCCAGCAGGCAGCUCGAGGAGGACCAGCCCCAACCAUCUUCUCUCGUAUCUUGGAUCGAAGCCUUCCAGCUGAUAUUCUCUAUGAAGACCAGCAGUGUAUGGUAUUCCGUGAUGUGGCCCCUCAAGCUCCUGUGCACUUCCUGGUCAUUCCUAAGAAGCCCAUUCCUCGGAUAAGCCAGGCCGAAGAUGAAGAUCAGCAGCUUUUAGGACACCUUCUGCUUGUGGCCAGGAAGACAGCAAAGACUCAGGGACUGGAAGAUGGAUAUCGACUUGUGAUCAACGAUGGGAAGCUGGGUGCACAGUCUGUGUAUCAUCUGCACAUUCACGUACUUGGAGGGCGACAGCUCCAGUGGCCUCCAGGUUGAAUCGACCAAAGACCCCCAGACCUGGAUGCUUGGAAGGGUUGAAGGAAAGGGAACCUGUGACGCUAAUAAACAUGGUCACGCACAA